AUGAGCAUUCCGAUCACCAGUGGUGGGGAGCCGCAACUCAGACCUCUAUCUCCACAACCCACCUCUGCUAAAAUCAGUUGUCUUGCUUGUCGACUUGCAAAACGGAAGUGUCACACUUCUGACGCUCAUACAACGUGCCGACGUUGCGUAAAUCACGGAAUCGUUUGCCAGUAUAACAAACAUCAGCGUGGAAGGAAGAAGAAGGCGUCUACUCAAGAUGAACCUGACCAAGAAUUUGAAGCAUCCAAUACUCAGGAAGCUGUCACGUCGGAUCCCCAGUUCUUCUCAGAGAGCUCAUCCGCUGCCGUUGCCCGUUCAACAGCCGAAUCAAAUAUAGCUCUGCAGACAAGUCAACAAUCCAACCUGGACUUUCCUGUUCAAGAAAAUCUGAGCAUCCACUUCUCCCAUGUGAUCCCCGUAGACGGAGAUUCAUCUCCCGUUAGCUAUUUCCAACAUCUCAACGCUAUCGGAGCGAUUCUUGACCCUUGUCUUCACACCCCACCAUAUUGCCGUCGGCAAUCAACUUUGCUUUUCACAUCCGUUCUUACUGUCACCGCCAAGGUCAUCCGACCUAAACUGUAUACCCGGUGUCUGAUGCUUGCCAACAAGCUCGUGGGUCAGGCGGUGGAAUUUGGACUCUGUUCCGUGGAGGUCGUCCAAGCGCUCAAUCUCCUACAUCAUUGGAAGAAAUCGGAGGAUUCGACAAGUUGGCGGAGGGUGGGGUACGCGAUACGUAUGGCGCAGGAGCUUAAGCUGGACGUAGCCGGUCCAAGACCUCUUCCGGAGGAGGAGAUCUCAGCGAGGGAGAUACUGAACAGGGAGAGAGCCUGGCUGAAUCUCAUUGUUGCGGAUUACCAUCUAGCCUCGUUGAACAGAGAUCCUGGGAACAUGAGGACAUUAGACUGGCUGGAUCUGGAGUGGAGAAGGUGGAGAGGGAAAUGGCUCGCCGACGGUGAUCGCCAUCGCUUUACGCAGCCUCAACUAUCUACAUUCCGCUUAUGCGACGCCUACUUUCGCUUCCACAUCACUGAAUACCGUUUGCUGGUGAUCGCGCGUUUUGGCGAGAGUGGUCACAAUCUAAAUCUUCAAGAACAUUCCUCAAUGUCCUCCGCCUUUUCCGACUGCAUCGAAGCGGCGUUAGGCGUUGCCAUGGUGGUACAACAUGACCUUGCACCCUAUCGAUACCUUCCUUAUUGCUUUUACCUCACUUGGGUGGCUCUCGCCGUGACUUCUAUAUGGCUUGUCAAGAACAUCGCCCCUAUGAGCCAGUCAGAUCGGGCACGGGUGAUACGAACACUAUCAGAGGUACAGUUCUUCACAGAGGAAGCUUCAUGUUCGUCCGAUGAUAUGGCAGCCUACACCCACCGGUUACUGAAGCAUCUACUGAACGGAAUAUCUCCAGAAUGGCAGUUGGCGACGUUCCUGGCCGACCCUCUGUCCCAUGACGGUUCCAUUGAUCCAAUGCCUGCUGUUAUGACCCUAGAGACAACAUCCAGUACCUCGGUCUCCGAAAACCCCAAUUGGGAACUGUCGACUGCGCAAGAGAUCAUCCAAGGUUAUUUAUGGAAUCAACCUCACACCACACAACCCCAUGAAUAUGAUAUACCACUUGUGAACGUGUCUACGGCGCACCAAGCUGAGCCUCCUUCUGCAAACAUGGCUGCGAACGGACAAUUUAAUGAUUUGUUGUUUCCAGCAGAUGACGAUGACUUUUGGUGA